AUGGGAAAGGGCGGUGAAGAGCGGACAGCGGGCCUGCCACAUGAUCUCAGCCUCAAGCUUAGAGAGAAAGGUAACACUGCAGUCGCCUGCGAUGCUGAACGACUCGGUGAGCAGCUCUCACUAGCUGUGAAUCUAUUUAUCGAUACAUGCAACUCCCCUGUCCGAGAUGUCGGUGUCGAGCUCAUAUGA